CCUUCUGUGCAAGACAGUACAUGAGAAAAGUGCGGUCUCAGUGUGGUAGUUGUGCUCGCCGUGCGGUAGUAACCUGUGUGUAGGAAAACUAGUCUCCACUACUUGGAUGUACCUAACAGCUUCGAUCAGCAUAUGUGUUUGGGGUAACUUUUCUGUGUGGCUCCUGUUAUAUAAUUUCUAUUUAUUUAUUUAUUUAUUGAUAUCGAUGUCGUUUCAUUGGCAGUAAGCAUAUCCAAGCAACAUGGACGCUAUAGGGAAGGGCAUAUAGGACACUUUAGUGUGUGUGACAGAUUUUGCAAACAUUUGGGAGUGCCAGUAACCUGCCUGGGUGUGAGAGGAGAUAACGAGUGAAAAGGCUGUGUGUAGCUGUCAGGCACAGAUAAUGAUCCGUAACCGUCAGAAAUUCAACACGAACCCGGAUCACUAGUCUUCCCUUUUUUGAAGAUGAAAGGAGCGGAAUUGGUGCCUUGUAAAAGCGGACAAAUUUAUCGCUAAUACGUGUUUAGUUAGCAGUUUGGCUGACUGCUCUGCACCUAAGCGCCAAGCGGACUGGAUUAAUGUUUCUGCGCUGUUUUGGAUGUACCUGUGGUAAUGUCCUUCAUUGAAAGUGAAGUGGAUCAAAGCUAAAGCCUCAGUUCAGCUUGCUUCCUGUAAUACAGGUGGAGUAACAAUGUUGUAUAUGUUGAGAAUCGCAAGCUGCAAACUGUUACCUCAGUGGAAUAUCACCUGCAAACGCUCUGUAAACUUUUACCAGCUUUAUGGUCGGACUUCAUUGAGAUCCCAGAGAAAACAGAACUGUAAACCUAUACUUGAAGCAUCAGUUUUUUCCCACUUCCGACUUGGAGCGACUGUAGGUCCACAUUUAGUUGGGACCCACUUCACAGCGUCCACUCCGUUUGCUUUUUACAGCACAUCAACAGACUCUAAGCAAGAGGCAAAGCAUGUGGGAAGUGAAGUUAAGACCAAUGAUAAACCGGGACGGGUAUCGUCAGAUGACCUCAAAAAGUUAUUGCAGCUUGCACGUCCAGAGCGCUGGAGGCUAUCAGCUGCUGUUAGCUUCCUUGUCAUCUCCAGUGCUGUCACCAUGUCUGCUCCAUUUUUCCUGGGUAAAGUGAUCGACACUGUCUACACAAACUCACAGGCGGAUUUUACUUCCUCCCUGACCUCCCUGUGCAUCAUGCUGGCAGGGGUGUUCCUGUGUGGUGGUGCUGCCAACGCUGCACGCAUAUACCUUAUUCAGGUCUCAGGGCAGCAGAUUGUGAGAAACUUGCGUGAAUCCCUUUUUUCCUCAGUUUUGAGGCAGGAAGUGGGAUUCUUUGAUAAGACCCGCACUGGUGAGCUUAUUAACCGCCUUUCAGCAGACACAAAUAUAGUUGGACAUGCACUCACUGAUAACGUGUCUGAUGGUCUACGAUCAAUGGCUCAAGCUGGAGCUGGAAUCAGCAUGAUGUUCUAUGUCUCACCCAGUCUUGCCAGCUUUAUUCUAAUGAUUGUACCUCCUGUGGCCGGCCUGGCAGUAAUCUAUGGAAGAUACGUGCACUCCAUAUCUAAGCAAACACAGGAUGCUCUGGCAGAGGCCACACAGCUGGCAGAAGAGAGGAUCAGUAACUUACGAACAGUUAGGGCAUUCGGCAAAGAGCUGACAGAAGUGCAGUCCUAUGCAGAGAAGGUGGAAUAUGUCCUUCGACUGGCUAAGAAGGAAGCUAAGCUUACUGCUGGGUUCUAUGGCAUGACAGGGCUGAGUGGCAACAUGAUCAUCCUGAGUGUGCUGUAUAAAGGUGGGCUGCUUAUGGGUAGUGAGCAAAUGACAGUAGGAGAGCUUUCCUCUUUCCUCAUGUAUUCCUUCUGGGUGGGCAUUAGCAUUGCUGGCCUGAGCUCAUUCUAUUCAGAACUGAUGAAAGGGUUUGGAGCUGGUACACGCCUUUGGGAACUAAUGGAGCGGAAGCCCGAGUUUCCUCUCAAUGAGGGACUUGUGUUGAGACCAGAGCAACUAAAAGGAGCUGUUGAGUUUCAUGAUGUGUCAUUUGCUUACCCAACAAGGAAGGAUGUCCCCAUAUUCCAAAACCUAAAUCUGUCUGUGCCAGCUGGUUCAGUGAUGGCAGUGGUGGGCUCAAGUGGCUCUGGAAAAUCUACUCUUGUGUCUCUUCUGCUCCGUCUGUAUGACCCAGACUCUGGUCUGGUAACUAUUGAUGGUUAUGACAUUCGGAAUUUAAAUGCUCAUUGGCUGCGGAGUCAUAUUGGAACUGUAAGCCAGGAGCCAGUCCUCUUCUCCUGUUCUAUUGCUGAGAACAUUGCUUAUGGAGCAGCAAAUCCCAAUCAGGUCACAGCACAGGACAUUCUCAGAGUAGCACAGAUAGCUAAUGCUCAUGAAUUUAUUAAUGGAUUUCCCAAAGGCUUUGACACUAUUGUUGGAGAGAAAGGAGCACUACUGUCAGGUGGACAGAAACAAAGAAUUGCUAUAGCAAGAGCCUUGCUAAAGAACCCAAAAAUACUGUUAUUAGAUGAAGCCACAAGUGCUCUGGAUGCAGAGAAUGAGUUCCUAGUGCAAGAGGCUUUGGAGCGGCUGAUGCAGGACCGCACAGUGCUCGUCAUCGCUCACCGUCUCUCCACCAUACAGAAUGCAGAUGCUGUGGCUGUGCUGGACCAGCAGCAUGUUGUGGAGUGUGGCCGUCAUGCCCAGCUUCUUACCAACCAAGAUGGUCUCUUCCGCAAACUCAUGGAGAAACAAGCCUUUUUACAUGCAGAUCAGAAGAGAGCUCUUGGACAGCAUUUUGAUGUCUAAAGAAAGUACUAGUAAAAAUUAAAGUUUAUGAAUCCUGAUGUGCAGUGUCAGAAAAAAACUGCUUCAGAGUGCCUCUUUGCAGUACAAACCACCAGUCAAAAGUUUGGAAGUUUGUCCAUUUAAAGAUUUUUCAUAUUUUAGAGUAUUAAUGAAGACAUUUACUCUAUGAAUCAGCAAGGGAUCAAGAAAUAAUGCAUUUAACAAAUCCGACCAGUUUGUAUUUGACAUUUUAAUAGUAUUACCAAUGAAGCUUUGCAUACCUGGCAUCUUCUUAAACAGGUUUUUGAUAGAGCUUUACUCUGGGAACUUUAAGAAGCACCUCCAAACAGGUUGGCUCCUUUUCCUAUUUUAUAAGUAGGAAUUACCUGUUUGGGUAAAUUUUAAUUAAACACACAUAUUUACAAAUAUCUUUAGAUAUUUUAAAAUAUUUAAUCCUUAAUACUUAAUACCUUAAUAUAAAAUUACAUUUUGUUCCCUCCCAAUUUGCUAAUUUACCAAAGUUCAACUUUAAAUGUGCUUUAAGACAAUGAAAAUCGUGUAUUCAGUACAGUGUAUACAAACUUUUGACUGGUAGUGUAUGUUUACACUAAACUUGAUGUCAACACUCAACUCCAUUAUAAGUCAUAAAUGUGUGAUAAAGUCAAAAUAUCAUUUAUUUAAGAUACUGGCACUUUACAUGCAGUAUAACUGGAAGUUGUACUUUCUUUUAGAAUCACAGACACUGUGCUUCUGUGGGUAUAUAUUUGUCUGAUCAUUUAAUAUUUUAUAUCCAUUUAUACCAUAGAAAUAUUCCAAGUAAUAUUUUUUUAGGAUCAUAAUCAUACAGUAGUAUGUGAUGCAAUGCUCUCUUUUCUGAUAAAAGACAUAUACUGCAAAUGUAUAAAAAGGUUUUGGGAUCAUUGUGGUUUCAGUUUUGCUAUAUGUAAUGAUAUGCACUGAUAAGCCAUUGCUUUAUAACCAUUAACAUUACAACCACCUAGGUUUAAGGUUCCCCUUGUGCCACCAGGCCAUCCCUGAUCCCUCAUGGAAUGGCUCAAUGUGCCCUCUGGGGGUGUGCUGUGGUGAUGAGCAUUGACUCUGUUUGGUGGUUUGUACUACAUUGGCUUUUCUGUGGGAUUGGGCCGGGCAGGCAGGUCCCCAUGGGCGUAGAUGAGCUUUGGGUGCCUGUGAUCCUGUUACCAGUUAAUUUUAUUCAGUUGUCCUGGUAGUGGUGUAAAUCUUUUGACUGAUUGGUGUAUUCAGUAUAUAGCCUAAACUGUGGUAUUUUGGCUCCUAAAAAUAUGAGCUGGCCAAUUCUGUGUCAAAGAUGACUACAUUAUCUGUUUGUGGGGAAAAAAGCCAGAAAGAUCCACCCAGCACUGUUGUUUUGCAGUCUUGCAUUAAAGCAUUUUAUUGUCUUUCAACACAGGGAACCACUCAUAUUUGCAAAUGCAGUAGAGGAAAUGGUGAAGAGAUUGUUUGUCUAUGAAAGACACAGUUAUAGAGAUAGGCCUUCAACAAAACUAGUUGUUUGGUGUCCUAAAUAGGACUUAAAAAAAAAAAAAAAAGCUGUGAACAUCCUAUUAUUUAUCCUUGUAUAAAUAAACUACUGAUUUAAUUAA